AUGGAUUAUGUCAAACUUAGGAGCUAUCGACACGCUGAUCCACUAAAAGUGCGCCAGGUAUGGGAUGCUCUCAGCGUAGUCAAGUCUAAUAGACCAGCAGUACCAGCUGAUAAAAUAAACAAAACCCUUCGAAAAACACUAAAUUUAAAGGAUGAUCAGAUUAGACUAUUACUUGAUGAAAUCGAGGGCGAUGGACUAAUUGAAAAAAUUGAACCUCCUUUUGGGAAAAAUGGUAUGGUACGCUAUCAACUUCCUGAUUUUACAAAACCAUUCCCGAGAGGAAAGCAUGACUGGUAUUGCUUCCAAUGUCAUCGGCCUGGUGAAGUGCUACGCUGUCUCGACUGCUUCCGUGUAUAUCAUGCUGACUGUGUUCAAGAAGCUACUGGUCCCAGCAGCCCUUCUAGGAGGUCUAUGCGUUCACCCACCCUUCAUGAUGGUCAAGACAACAAUUUUACCUGUCCUGUUUGCGAGUCUAGACCGAAAUGUGAAUUUUCCCGUAAACAAAUAAGAAAACUGUUGGAAUUUGCGACACAUCAUCUAAGAAAACAACCAUUGUGGAAGACAUUUCUUCAGGUUGGUUAUGCAGGUGAGAUAACAAAAAACGAAUAUCUUGUAUACAAGUACACUGAUCUGGAGUUAUUGCAACGUAAAAUAAAAGAUGGUCGUUAUGCUGCCUUGGAAGAGUUUUCUAUGGAUGUACAGUUGCUUGUACAUGAUGUCUGCAUCCUGCAUGGUCCUUAUAGUAAUCAAGCGGAUGAAAUCCGGUUUUUCUUUCGUUCUGUAAAUACGGAAUUAAAUGAAAUUCAACUAUGUACUGAUUGUUACAUUAAUGCGAAGGCGCGAGUUACAGACUGGAUAAGUAAACCCUGUAAACCACGUCACGAAUUAAUAUGGGCACGCAAUCGCACGUCAGCUGGUGCUGGUUUAUUCAAUGAUUCCUCAGUUGCACAGUUCUACUGGCCAGCCAAAGUUUUGUUAGAGCGUGAUGAUGGAUAUGAGAUACGUUUCUUCGGUGGAUCACAUGAACGAAUGUUUGUCAAAAAGAUGCAUACACGUGCUUUUCAUCUACCUGCUGAUGAAGUUGGUGUGCUUCGUCGGUCGAGUACCGCAGGUGGUGUUUCAGGUGGAGGAUUUGAACGGGCAUGGAAUGAAGUUAGUAAGCUACAAGCCAAUAUUGAUAGUGGAUAUUAUACCCAUUCUUCUGGUGAAAGUGACCUCCCACCAUCAGAUGAUGACUAUUCAGAUGAAAUGUAUCUCGGUCCACGACGUAAAAUCAUUAGUCAAAACCAACGUUCACAUCGUCCAGAUAGUCCACGAUCUUCUUUAACAGCAGGCAACAGAAAAGGAAAUAAAAGAAGGCGUCAUACGUCUUCAAGCAGCCAACAAUCAACCAGUAGUGAAACGCCUACUGGUGAUUCAAACACUCAUGAUGACUCACCUUGUCCACGUUCAGGUGGUAAACGCUUCAGAACUCAUGGUCCUUCCGUAAAUUCGCAUACGGGUCCUACUGAUAAAAGGUCAGCGACUAAUCGUCUUCCAAUGCCAGCUGUUCAGCCUGGUACUCCCGGCGCUGCAGCAAUAUCGGCACUAGCGGAAACAAAGGCAGCUAUGGCUGCUGCAGUCGGAUCUACACGUAGACCAGCGAGUUCAUUUACUGCCGAUCUUUUGUCUUUAACUCAUCGUGAACAUGAUAAACCUUACAGAAAACCGUCAAGAGAGAAUCAUUUAAGUACUAAUUUACGAGGUCAGCGCGGUAGGGGAAGACCUCCACUUCGAGAUAAUAAAGGAAGACCUAUCAGGCGACGCAAGUAUCAAAGUUCUUCUUCAUCACCACGUUCUUCAGUGAGCCCGUCUUCAUCUGUAUCAUCAGGCUCUUUGUCGGAAGCAGAAGACCCCCCUCACUCCGUAAAUAAUGGUCCUGAAAAUAAUUGGCGCUCAAAUCAAUCUCCUGAUUGGAAAAUUAAGAAAUCUGAAAAGCCACGUCGCGGGCGUCCUCCCAAAUCCAGAGGCCGUAUCAAAUCUAAUAAUGAUAUGAGUCGUUCGGAUUGGUGUUCACCGACAGCUGGAAGUUCAGAUGCUGAAGGCAAUUCAGAUAUAUGGACCAAAUCUAGUUCAUCAAAUGCUAUUAAACCUAGUCCAACUAGAGGAAGACCAAAAUCUGCAACAUUUGCCAACAACUCUUCCAGUCGUGUUGAUGGUGUACAUAAAAGACGUAUGACUACUACUACUACUACCCCAAAUAAGAGUUCAACUCAAGAUACAACUAAUUCAGGCGGUAGACGUUCUAAAAAGUAUUCUAAACAUAUGGAUAAUAAUUUUAGUGGUGUACGAGAUGAAGAUGAUGAACUUACUGACCGUUGUGAUUCACCAAUUGGAAAUGAUACACAAAAUUUAAGGCAUUCAAACAAUCAUCGAUGGCAUUCUCAUCAUUCUUCAACUAGUUAUCAUACACCGGGAACUACGCCAAUUUCGCCUACACGAAAACCUGGAGUUAAUGAUUCUGUUCACAAAAUAUCACCAACAAAAAGAACACCUGCAAAACGACGCUCAUCUCAUUCUAGUAAUUAUAGUUCAUGUUCUUCAGCCUCAUCUUCAGAUAUGGAUGAUAAUGAUGAAGGUGGACGACAACGUCAUAUUAUCAAAAUGGAUGAUGAAGAUGAAAUUGAUGAUCGUAGAUUCCGUAGUCCAACACGUAGUGGUUCAAGUCAUAGAGAUAGAACUUCUGGUGCAAGUAGUACAAUGUUACGUCGACCACCAUUCGCUCCACCAUUAAAUGUAUCCGGAUCGAAUAGUAGUUCAAAUGCUGUUAAUGAUCGAAAUAAUAACAUGUCUACUUCUGGAAAUUUAUUCUCUCAUACUGGUCAAAAUCUUUUUUCACCAUGCAAUGAUUCAAUGGUUUCAAUGAACUCUUCAACAAAUUCAGGUCUAUCAUCAGCCAAUAGGAUGAGUGGUUCAGUUCAUCCGAAUAAUUCAGCAAAUUCUAAUAUGGCUUCAAAUUUUGUAUCACUAGGUGCCUCAACAAAUAAUAAUAGCUCAAGUAAUAAUAAUGUUGUCGGUGGUCCAGGUAUGUCAACCUUACCACGUUCCCAUCUGCCACCGAAUAAACGUGCUGCUGCUGCUGCAACUGCCGCCGCUUUAAACAGAGAUUCUGUUGGAGGAGUAAGUGAUAGUCCAGGUGAAACAAGCCAGCGUCAGUCUUCUGUUAAAAGUCCUGAAAUUUCUUUAUCAUCCCCUCCUAGAAAACAAGUUCAUAAAGGCAUUCAGACGCCUGCAAGUAUGGAGAUGCCGACAUCCUCUCAACAACCUUGUACACAAUGUAAAGAACGUGAAGCUGAACGUUUAUCAGCAGCUAAUGAAACUAAAAAAGCACUGAAAGAACUUGAAGAAAAGUUAACAAAUCAAUUUAAAGAAGAGAAAACUGCUGCCCUACAUGCUGCACUUGAACAAGCUCAAGCCAGUGCACGUGAAGCUAUUGAACAUGAACGUAAACUUGCUCGUGAAACGCUAGAAGCUGCUGAAAGUCGAUUUGCUGAAGUAAUCAUCCAAACAAAACGUCGUCAAUGGUGUCGUAAUUGUUAUAUGGAAGCUAUAUAUCAUUGUUGUUGGAAUACAUCUUAUUGUAGUACACAAUGUCAACAAGAACACUGGCAAAAAGAGCAUAAACGUCAAUGUCGGAGAAAACGAUGA